AUUUUCAGCCUCUGUAUCAGUCAGGUGAAAAUAAUAUGACGUCAAAAAUUGUAUUCAAGAUUAAUGGAAAACAGUAUGAAGCAAACGGCAAAUUCGGUCCAGACGUGUCUCUGAACGAGUACAUCCGUACUAUAGCAGACCUACGCGGCACGAAGGCGAUGUGUCACGAGGGGGGCUGUGGCGCGUGUAUAGUCUCCGUACGCGCCGCCACACCGCCCUCUGAUGAGAUGAAGACGUUUGCCGUCAACUCUUGUCUCGUUUCCAUCCUCUCCUGCCACGGCUGGGAGAUCACGACAGUGGAAGGAGUGGGCAACAGGAACAAAGGUUACCACGACAUUCAGACCAGGCUGGCCAAGUUCAACGGGACACAGUGCGGGUACUGUACUCCUGGGUGGAUCAUGAACAUGUACAGUCUUCAUACAGCAAAGAAAGGCAAAUUAACUACAACAGAAAUUGAGAAUUCAUUUGCUGGCAAUAUCUGCAGAUGCACAGGCUAUAGACCAAUCUCAGAUGCGUUCAAAACCUUCGCCACAGAUGCAGACAAAGAUCUCGUCGAUAAACUGACAGAUCUUGAAGAUUUAGGAAUGUUUAAACCUUGUGGUGUAUCUUGCAACAAAAAAUGUGCACACAAGAACAGAGAUAAUGACAUUCUACUUAGUAAACUUAAUUAUGAAGAAGUUAAAGAAAAAUCUGAUGAUGAUUGGUGUAUUGUGGAAAAAGCAAACAAGGAAUUAAUAACUUUAGAGUAUGGAGCACAGAAAUGGUACAAAGCUUUUACACUUGAGCAUGUGUUUGAAAUUAUAGGAAUGUGUAAGGAGUAUAAAUUGAUUGCUGGGAAUACGGGACAAGGUGUUUACCACGUUGAAAAAUACCCUUCAAAUGUGAUAGAUAUAUUUAACGUGGCUGAAAUAAAAGGAUACACCAUGGAUGUAAACUUAGUACUGGGAGCUGGCAUGACCUUGACAGAUAUGAUGGAGGUUUUCUUACAGCUGUCAACGCAAAAUGAAGACUUCGCUUACCUCAAGCAGUUUCAUGAGCACAUGGACUUAGUUGCUCACAUACCAGUAAGAAAUAUUGGCACAAUCGGAGGAAAUCUGUAUUUAAAAUAUGUUAAUAACGAGUUUCAGUCAGAUUUGUUUUUGCUUUUUGAAACCGUUGGAGCUAUGUUGACGAUAGCGGAAGGAGAGCACAAAACGAAGGCUGUUACGUUGCCGGCGUUCUUGAAAAUGAACAUGAAAAGAAAAAUCAUACUCAAUAUUAUGCUUCCUCCUUUAUCUAAAUGGUGUUCUGUUAAAACUUACAAGAUUAUGCCUCGUUCACAAAACGCGCACGCCGUUGUCAACGCAGGAUUCCUCUUCAAAUUCAAACAUAACACAAAUAUUAUAGAAAAAUCAGCAUUGGUUUUUGGAAGCAUAUCAGCCAAUUUCAUUCACGCUGAGAAAACGGAGAGCGCCUUGAUUGGUAAAGAUUUGUUUACCAAUGACACUGUGCAGUUAGCUGUGAAGACUUUAUUUGAAGAAAUUAAGCCGGAAGAGGCGCCGCCGGAGCCCGGAGCGGCAUACCGACGUAUGCUAGCUGUUGCUCUUUUCUACAAGGCGGUGUUAUAUUUAUGUCCUGAUGGAAAACUAGAUCCUAGACACCGGUCAGGCGGCUCAGCAAUAAAAAGAAGUACAUCCCAGGGCACACAAACCUUUGACACGGACAAAAGUAUCUGGCCUUUAAAUCAGCCCAUCCCAAAAUUAGAAGCUUUGGUACAGUGUAGUGGAGAAGCUACUUUUGCAAAUGACUUGCAGUCGGUAACUGACGAAGUUUAUGGUGCAUUUGUUUGUGCUGAUGCUAAACCUGACAGUAUUAUUAGCGGAUUUGACAAUACCAAAGCUAUGAAACUUCCAGGAGUUUUAGCGUUCUACACCGCUCAAGAUAUACCAGGACGUAAUUCAUUUACAUCUCUAAAUGUUCCUCUAAUUGUUGACGAAGAAGAAAUUCUAUGCUCCAAAGACGUAAAAUUCUAUGGUCAACCUGCAGCGAUAAUAGUAGCUAAUAGAGAAAAGACCGCAAACAGAGCUGCAAAACUUGUCAAAGUAAAAUAUGCUAAGAUUAGUGAAAGACUUCCUUUAUUAACCGUUAAAGAUGUUCUAAAAUCAUCUGAAAAGACUAAACGAAUAAAGAAUAAUAAGACGGUGGAACCAGUUGACAUUGGUAAUGAUAUACAUUUGGUGUUGAAAGGAGAAUUUAAUUUGGAAACACAAUACCAUUAUUAUAUAGAACCUCAAACGUGUGUAGUAAGACCUACUGAAGACGGGAUGGAAGUAUACUCGGCCACUCAAUGGUUAGAUUUGACCAAUCUGUCCGUAGCGCAAUGCUUAAAAAUGCCGGCAAACAGUGUCAACGUGAUAGUCCGUCGAGUGGGCGGCUCGUACGGGGGCAAAAUAUCGCGAUCUGUACAAAUCGCGUGCGCAGCCGCGCUAGUCUCACACUUGCAGAACAAGACUUGCAGAUUCAUAGUGCCUCUGCAAACCAACUUCAAAAUCGCUGGAAAGAGGAUACCUACAUAUUCCAACUUUGAUGUUGGAGUUAAUAAGGACGGUGUAAUACAGUACUUAAAAAAUACAUUUUAUCAAGACAACGGCUGUUCGGAUAACGAGACCAUAAGCCCGAUAACAAUCAAUCAUUUCCUUAACUGCUACGAUACUAGACGGUGGUACAUAGAAGCUAACAGCGUAGCUACCGACACGCCUUCUAAUACGUGGUGUAGAGCUCCUUCUUCAACAGAAGGCGUGGCUAUGAUAGAAAAUAUAAUGGAACAAAUAGCUCACAAGCUCAACAAAGAUCCAUUAGAAGUUAGACUUAACAACAUGAAUAAGGAAGACAACCCGGUUCCUGAUUUAAUUGACCAACUAAAGAAAGAUUCCGAUUUCGAGAAUCGAUCUAAAGAGGUUGAAGAAUUCAACAAAGAUAAUAGAUGGCGCAAACGAGCACUAAACCUUCUUCCAAUGGCAUACGACCUAUUUUACAUUGGCAAUUUUAAUUCAAUAGUGUCCGUUUUACACGGCGAUGGUUCUGUAGUUAUAACUCACGGUGGCAUUGAAAUGGGACAAGGUAUUAACACGAAGGUGGCUCAAGUAGCUGCUUACAUACUUGGUGUACCAUUAGAAAAAGUCAGUAUUAAACCAAGUACGAGUUUUACUUCUCCUAAUUCCAUGACAACUGGUGCUAGCAUUGGUAGUGAAUGCGUAGCUUUUGCUACUAUGAAGGCAUGUGAGAUUCUACUGGAGAGAUUAGAGCCUAUAAGAGCAAAGAUGGGGAAACCUUCUUGGGAAGAAUUGGUUGAAAAAGCGUACAAGGCAGGGUUGAACCUGCAAGCUUCUCAUAUGUAUUCAAGCAAUGAUGGAGUAAAACCUUAUUUCAUCUACGGAGUUAUUGCUUUAGAGCUUGAAGUUGAUAUCUUGACUGGUAACCAUGACAUAAGAAGAGUAGAUUUGCUUGAAGAUACCGGAAGAAGCUUAAGUCCAGAAAUUGAUGUUGGUCAAAUUGAAGGUGCUUUCAUCAUGGGUCUCGGCUACUUCACAUCAGAGAAGACCCUAUACGACUCAGCGACGGGACAGCUCCUGACUGACCGCACUUGGACCUACAAGCCACCAGGCAUCAAGGACAUACCUGCUGACUUUAGGGUCUACUUCAAGAGGAACGGGACUAACCGCUUUGGAGUUCUACAGUCUAAAGCUACUGGCGAACCGUCGCUGUGUCUAUCAUCUGUGGUGGUCCAUGCAUUACGGCAUGCGAUACGCUCAGCACGGCUGGACGCUGGACAGAAGGACGAAUGGAUUGAGAUGGGUCUGCCCUGCACUGUGGAGAACAUUUUUACUGCGGUUGGUCACAAGCUGGAAGACUUUAAGCUGAAAAGAAUGCAGCUACCAAGGCACCUGAAGGUAGCCGCCGGGUCGGCGGGUGCUGCCAUUUUUGGAAUUUUGUUCGGUUGGGUCAUAUUCCCUGCCAUACUCAAGUCACAACUCAAAAAGGAAAUGGCUCUGACGGCGAAGACAGACGUGCGUCAGAUGUGGCAGAAGAUCCCCUUUCCCCUCGACUUCAAGGUGUACCUGUACAACUACACGAACGCCGCGGAGGUCCAGAAGGGAGCUAUACCCAUCGUUCAGGAAGUCGGGCCCUAUUACUUUGAGGAAUGGAAAGAGAAAGUAGAAGUAGAAGAGAACGACGCAGAAGACACGAUCAACUACAAGAAGUUGGACGUGUUCUACUUCAAGCCAGAAAAGUCGGGUCCUGGUUUAACCGGUGAAGAGGUCAUUACCAUGCCUCAUCCAUUUAUGUUGGGUAUGGCAACAGUAGUCUACCGUGACAAGCCAGCCAUGCUCAAUAUGAUCGGCAAGGCCAUCAAUGGCAUCUUCGACAACCCUGAAGACAUGUUCCUCAGGGUCAAGGCCAUGGAUGUUCUGUUCAGAGGCCUCACUAUAAACUGCGCGAGGACGGAGUUCGCACCGAAAGCGGUUUGCACGACGCUGAAGAAGGAAGGGCCUCCUGGUUUGAUUCUGGAGCCCAAUAACCAGUUUAGGUUCUCUAUUUUUGGCGCGCGCAACGGCACAGUAGACCCAAAAGUAGUUACCGUGAAUCGAGGCAAAAAGAACGUCAUGGACGUAGGCCGAGUACUCGCAGUGGACGGCAAGGAUAAGCAGAAUUUAUGGAGGGACCAUUGCAAUGAGUACGGAGGAACGGAUGGCACGGUCUUCCCCCCGUUUUUGACGGAAUUUGACAAGCUUCAGACGUUUUCUGGCGAUCUGUGCAGGUCCUUCAAACCCUGGUACCAAAAGAAGACGUCAUACCGCGGCAUCAAGACGAACCGCUACAUCGCCAACAUCGGGGACUUGGCCAACGAUCCAGAGCUCAACUGUUUCUGCGACGCCCCAGACAAGUGCCCCCUAAAGGGCCUCAUGGACGUGACAAAGUGCGUGGGCGCGCCGAUGUACGUGUCCAUGCCGCACUUCCUGGACAGCGAUCCCUCGCUCGUGCAGAACUGCAAGGGGCUCAAUCCUGACGUCAAUGAGCAUGGCAUCGAGAUCGACUUCGAGCCGAUAAGCGGAACGCCAAUGGUGGCUCGUCAACGCGUGCAGUUCAGCAUGCUGUUGCUGAACACCGACAAGUUGGAGCUAUGCAAAAACAUGCCUAACACCUACGCGCCCCUGUUCUGGAUAGAAGAGGGUCUGGCUCUAAACAAGACAUUCGUGAACAUGCUGAAACACCAGCUGUUCUAUCCGAAGCGAGCAGUAGGCGUCAUAAAAUGGAUGCUGGUCUCGUUCGGAACCCUCGGCGCGCUGGGCGGGGCAUUGUUCCACUUCAAAGGGGGUAUAAUGAACUUCGCCGUGUCCAAGAACUCAGCGUCAGUGACCAAGAUCAAGCCCGAGGAAGAGGCGAAGGAGGUCAGCGUUAUCGGCAACCAUGAGCCGGCCAAGGUCAUGUAAUGGGCGCAGCGGCUCCUGGUCCCCUGGAGUCGUUACAUGCUGGUCUAUAGGCUUGUCAG